CACAAAUCUGCAAGAAAGCUUCCUUCCUUGUUAUUGCUUGGUAUAACGUUGAUCAGAAAGCCUGUACUCAAGCUUUCUUCAUCAGAGCUCAAGAGUUCAAUACCAAUUACAGCAUCACUGUUAACAGGGUAUUCUGAGUGGAAAAAGAUCUCCAGGACUUGAUCUUCAGGUGACUGAUCCUGGAGCUGGAGUCUGAUUGCCUGGAGUCUGAUUGUGACAGAGUCAACCCCAGUGAGAUUCAACUCCACGCUCGAAGACCCAAAACCAUGGAAUUAAUUCAUUCAUCCAGCUCUGACUCAUCCUGUCCAGACGUCUACAACUGGAGUAGUAGCCACAAUAUCAUUCUAGAGCAUUACAACUUCACCAGACGCCUCCAACACCGAAAUCCCUCGAAGACAGGCACCAGCAUCAUCAAGGUUCUGUUCCUUUUCUUCAGCGUCUUUAUCAUCCUGGAGAACCUCAUGGUGCUGCUGGCCGUCUUGUUUCGCGUCCGUCUACGCCAUCGCUGGAUAUUCAUUUGCAUCGCCAACAUCGCUCUCAGUGACUUGCUAACUGGAUCUGCUUACGUCGUCAACAUCUGCCUGUCAGGUGAACGCACCUUCAAGCUAAACCCGGUUUUCUGGCUAUUCCGAGAGGGACUUCUCUUCGUAGCACUUGCAGCAUCGAUCUUCAACCUGCUCUUGAUUGCCGUGGAGCGCUACGCUACCAUGAUGAAGCCAGUCCACCAGAAAACGGCCACCAAGACUUACCGUAUCUACAUGAUAAUGGCCCUGUGCUGGAUAACCGCGUUUAUCAUCGGCUUCAUGCCAUUGAUGGGUUGGAACUGUGUUUGCGACUUGAAAAGAUGCUCUACACUUCUGCCGCUCUACUCCAAGAGCUACAUCCUAUUUGCAUUGAUCAUAUUCUUUGUCAUUCUACUCACAAUUGGCGCUCUCUACUUUGCAAUCUACUUCCACGUUAGAAGUAGCAAUGAAACUAUGUCCAUACGCAGCCGCAAGCGUUCAUUGCGGCUCCUAAAGGCCGUCAUCUCAAUCGUUGGGGUCUUUAUGGUGUGUUGGGGCCCCUUGUUUAUCCUCCUGUUGGUGGACUUUUUCUGCUACUCAAGAAAUUGUAGCACCCUCUUCAGUCCAGAGUGGGUCAUUGCACUUGCAGUGCUCAACUCUGCGAUGAACCCACUAAUUUACUCGUUUGGCAGUCUGGAAUUGCGGAAAGCCAUCGCAAGCCUCCUCUGCUGUUGCUGUUUGAAGGCAGGACUUUGCGAUCCCAAGACCUUCAUGUCAAAGGAAACCUCCAGCACUUCAGGAAGUCGACACAGCAGCCUGCGUAACAGCUUUAGCAAGGUGCGAAAUCUAAGCACCAGCCCACCGCCAGAACCGAAGGUCGGCAAGAAAACAAGACUCAGCUCCACCACUUCUUGUUUAUCUGCGUCAAGCGGUUAGGCUGUGGUGGGCAGGUGUUUUUCACCUUUGCCACAGGAACGUCACCUACUCCUCCUUAGGGCUCCAACGCCUCAGCGUGGCUUCACCCGAUCAACUGCUGAUGUCAGCUUCCACACACACCCGCAUCAUUUACAGAGAUUCAUAUCUUGUAGAAAGGACAAGUACCAUAAAAGUCUGCAGCCAUCAAUCAUUUCCGUAAUAGUCAAUCCAUGUAGCUUGAAGUAUGCAAUUCUGUACAGCAUUUGAACUUAGUGAUUUUAAGCAAUCUGAAUGUUGAAAUGUUCAAAUAAAAUGUGACAUUUUCUAAGAGAAUAUAAAAGUAAUACAAAUAUGGUUAUACUUAGAUAGAGAUGUUUAUAUUUGCACAUUGUUCUUUAUUGUUUCAGCAUAAUAAUUGUUAUUUGAAAUUAUUAAAAAUGUUAAAACGUAAUCAAAUAAUAAUUAAAAAGUCUUGCAAGAUUUCCUUGAGAGUCAACGAUAUUCAUUGCACACAAGAGGGAGACAUUAUACAGACUUCUUGAAGGAAUGCAGCAUGCUUCAAUAAAGGUCAUCAUGUCUUUUUAUUUCAAACCUAGCUUAGUUGUUAAAGACUUACAUGUUUUGUAUAAUGCAAACUCAGAAACAGAGCUUCAAUAAAGUGUUCCCAAAUUUGUAGAUUCCCUAAAAGAUUCACAUUAUACCCCAGAGGCCCACACGACUCCCUCAAACCCCUCAAACCAGCUAGAACAGGGGUGCACACACUUUUUUGCAUGAUGACCUACUUUUAAAUGACCAACUCAAUAAGAUCUACCAACUAAACAAAAACAGUUUUGUUUAAAAAAAACAAAAAGCUUGUUGGGACUACUGCAUUUAUGCCUACAUGGAAUUCAUCUUCUAAUUAAUAAAAAAACAAAAUAUAAUAAUGUUCAAUGUUGAUAUCAUUCAGUUUUAACAGUAAACCCAAAACACCUACAGCACAAUAUAAAGAAUAGAAUUAGCUGCUGCUAGCUAGCCUCAAAAACUGCUAGCUUCGCAAUUUGCUCUGUUCUCAGAAGCCCAUGGAAGGCACGAACCUAGUUGUCAUGGCAACUGAAUAAACAAAAAUCUCGCCUGGUCAAAAUGUACUCGUCAAGUGCAAGUCAGACAGAAACUAAAAUAUGGAAAAACAUUAUAUUUAUUUGUAUUAAAAUUUAACGAAAUACAUUUAAAUUUUGUGCGAUCUACCAGCAUUGCCUUUGCGAUCGACUGGUAGAUCGCGAUCGCGUAAUUGGGCAACCCUGAGCUAGACUGUAAUGGUUAAAACAUUCUUGAUCUAACCAUUGAAGCCAUGUCAAUAAAGAUCAUUCAUUCAAUGAGAAUAUUUCAUAACAGGACCUCAGGACUUUUGAACCUCAGAAACAGCCCUCACCCACUGCUGUUCCAUAUUUCAGAGAGGACUACAGUCCAGUUUCACUCUUUAUGACAUCUUGAAGGUAAUAUUGAUUUAUGGUCUUCUAUUUAGAGGGCAUAAAGGGUUAAUUGAGUGCAGACAGGCCCGUCCUCAUUGACUACUAUGACUAUUUCUUUUCAGGAGUUUAGACUACAGGCAUCUACAUCCUUUAGAUGUAGAUGCCUUUAUAAUCCUUCAGAUUCAAGUUGCACAAAUGCAUCUCCAGAUCUUCCCACGUACACACUCUUGAUUUGCAUGUCCACUGUUGUUGUUUUUACCUUCAUCUUGCGUGGUUUAAAGGCGAUUACAUCUUUUAGCGCUUCUUCGUUACAGACACGACUCCAAGGUGAGUCUUGGCCACCUUGUGGACCCAGUAAUUAGUAUAAAUAACUCCAGGCGCAUGUGCAUUCUGCACUUUUAAAGACGCACGGUUAGAAACAUCGGGCUGUGCGCAUUCAGUCCUCGAGCACUCUGCUGAUGACUAUAUUUGCGGCACGUGUCCUGUUUUUAGUUUUUUUUUUUAAAUGGAACUAAAGCCCAAAGUAUACUUCGGCCAGACACGAAUGCUGAGCAUCCGCCUAUGGUAAAAUAGUAAAUGGUCUGCACUUAUAUAGUGCUUUUUUUUUAACAUUAGAGGUUACCAAAGCGCUUUACACUGUGACUCAUUCACCCAUUCACACUCAUAUCACACACCAAUGGUGGCAGAUCUGCCAUCUGCAAGGUGCUAGCCUGCCAUUGGGAGCAACUUGGGGUUCAGUGUCUUGCCCAAGGACACUUCGGCAUGUGCAGUCAUGUGGGCCAGGAAUCGAACCGCCAACCCUACGAUUAGCGGCCGACCCGCUCUACCACCUGAGCCACAGCCGCCCCAGGAUGGCAUACAGGAUGAGUGACGCAAAUGUUGUCAUCAGUAGAGUGCUCGAGCACUAAACGUGCAGCCCGAUGUCGUCUUUGAACACACAGUUAUUUGCACUAGUUACUGGGUCCACAAGGUGGCGCUAGAAGAUGCUAUCGCUGCUAAACAUCAGGAGAUGAACAGUGGAUGUGCACAUCAAGAGAGGGUGUGUGAGGAGGUCUGGAGAUAUCUGCAUUUGUACAACUCGAAUCUAAAGUAAUAUAAAGACACCUUUAUGGGUCUAAACUCCUGAAGAGAAAGUCAGAUGUCUAAUAGAAGUCGUAGCGCUCAUGCACCAACUGCCUGUGUAUGCUAGCACAGUUAUAUGGAGUAUGGUUUGAUAGGCUCACAUUCGACUGAAAAUGUAAGCAUAUCCAGGGCUUAAAGCAUCCAUUCUGGUGAAUUUGGGAGCAGCAAUGUUAUAUAUUUUUUUGAGUACCAUUGUGUAGCACUAAUGUUAUCCCAUUGUAUAAGUGAGUGAUAUACAUUGAUUCUGCAUGAUGAUUGAAGGAAAACAUUCUGCUCGCUGAUUAGCGCACAGUAUAUCACACUGUAAGCUGAUUGGAGCAUGCAAAAUCAUGCUGCAUUCUGAUUGGAGGAGAGUUAGCUAAACGUAUUGUGAUUGGACCAUACUGAAGCCUGCUGUAUGCUGAUUGGAGGACAGAACAUCAAAAUAUAGGUGCUGUAAACAUCUUAUUUGAAUGGUUGUAAUAUAUUCAAUUAUAUUUGAAUGAAUAAGACAACAGAAUAAAUUUCAAACACUUAAAAAAUGACAUUCAGCACAGAUGUGAAAUUUAUCGUGACCCAGAAGGAUCUAUGGAUGGCCGGUUCCGUGGGUUUCUUCACACGGCUUUGCUGCUUUAAUGCACAGCUGGUCUUGUUCAACUUAAACCAAUUAUAAAGUGCACGGUUCUGGUCUGCACCACAAACUCACUGACUACAUGGUGGUGGAGGCAACAAAGAAUAUCAAACAACUUAAAGAGGCUAUGUCAUGAAAUCUAGUCAGUCUCUAAGCUCGUGAUAAAAGGCCUCUGAGAUUUCUGUGAAACUCAUAUAAGAGGCUUUGUACUUUCAUCCUCAGAGUUCCUUCCCACUGAUGCAUUUAUGAGCUAUAAUUUUUUCUGAGUAGCUCAAAUCUUUCCAAGUAGCUGUCAAUGCUGCGGACUGUGGAAAAUGGUUCAAGUCAGGCCACAAGACUGAUGAUUCUGCCAGAAACAUACCUGCAAUAUAGAAUCAAUCCAUCAGAAAAUCAUUAAAGAGAUCAUUAUUCUCAAAUAUUAGAAUCAUUAUUUACUUACCCUUAUGUUGUUCCAAACUCUUGUUCAUCUGUGGAACAUAAAAGAUGUUCGGUAGAAUUGGGAUUCUUUUGAUUUGAGCCAGUAAGCAACCACCUAGCAAUGCCCUAGCAACCACAUUAGAACACAUUAGCAACUGCAUAGUAAUGCUGUGGAAACCACCGAUUGCACCCUAGCAACCCUAUAGCAACACACCAAAAAUUUUCAGAACACAUUAGCAACUGCAUAGUAAUGCUGUGGCAACCACCGAUUGCACCCUAGCAACCCUAUAGCAACUCACAAAACAUUUUCAGAACACAUUAGUAACUGCGUCGCAAUGCUGUGGCAACCACCGAGAACACCCUAGCAACCCUAUAGCAACAUGCAAAAUAAUGUUCAGAACACCUUAGCAAAUGUAUAGCAAUGCUGUGGCAAACACCCGGCACACCCUAGCAACUGCAUAGCAACACACAUAUAACAUUUCAAAAUACUCUAGCAACCGCAUAGCAAGACUUUUCCGAAAACCUUUAGCAACUGCAUAGCAACGCUGUGGUAACCACCCAUUGCACCCUAAAAAACACAUAGCAACACACUAAAAACAAUUUCAAAAUACCCUAGGAAUCACAUAGCAACAGUAAAUAAUGUUCUGAACACCUUUAGCAACUGCAUAGCAACGCUGUGGCAAUAACCCAGCACAACCCAGCAACCACAUAGCAACACGCUAAAAAAUAUUCAGAACACCUUAUCAACGGCAUAGCAAUGUUGUGGCAACCAUCCAUCGCACACCAUGUGCAGCCAAUAUUUCUAAAGAGUAAACCUUACGAAUAAAAACACGCACGGUGUGAUUUCAGAUCGGAUGGGCGCGGUCUCGACUGUCAAGUGUAACAUUAAGAUAUGACAUCAUGAACACUUUCCAGUUCUUGAAAUGUCUUUGUUAAUGUAUCACACGAUUCACAUGUUAUUCUUGAGUAUAUAUUUAUAGCCUAAACCUGAGCGCGAUGUUAAAUUCCUGACCUGAAGUGAUUUCAGCUCGUCUAGCCUUCUCUUAAAGUUGACAACGUUUAUAUUCCCAUCAGCGAUUAAGGUAAUUAUCUGGUUAAUACUUUAUUCUGAGAAAAUAGAUAAAAUGCUCCAUAAUGUAUUCAUCUAUUUGGAAAAUUCCUCCUUAUGCGAAAAAUUCAGCUUUAUCUGGUAAGAAAAAAAUACAAAAUAAAAUAAAAAAUAUUAAUUAACAGUUGCAUAAUAAUAAUAAUAAUUAUUAUUAGGCUACUACUAUGAAAAGGCAUAUGCAAGGCAUAUUUUAUUAAUAGAAACUAUAAAUGUAAGAGUAACACUUAAAAAUGGGAGUCUUAUUAAGUAUUGACGCACUUCCAGUUUAAGCCCCGCCCACACCCGGUUCGAUCCGAAUACAUAUACAGAGAAUUUUGUCAUAUGAACAGAUACAGGUACAAAUACAGAUAAUGGCUUCGCUGCACACCCCUAUAAAUCAUAAUGGCAAAAGGAGCGUCUGGAGAUAUAUAGGAAGGGAACAGUCCUGAGGUAGAUUAAUGAGGUACCUGAUGUCCUCCAUUUUUCAUACGAGUAUAUGAAAGUGACAGAGUGACCUAAAAUAAGUCUCUCACCAUAAUGAUAUGCUUAAAAUAUGGAUAUGGCCGUCAUCACUAUGCAGAAAAUUCAUCAUACGUCAUGCCUUGAUUUCUUAUGGUUAACCAUUCAUAAUUUAACCAAGGUCAGUUCGCUUGGAAAACGUGUUUUAUAUUCACAGAUGACAGUUGUUAAUGGAGAGAAGCACACUUUAUAUUGAUUGGAAGAGAGUAAAGCACACUGUGUGCUGAUUGGCGGAAGUGAAAGCAUGCAGUGUUCUGAUUGGAGGAGAGUAAA